AAAGACUUGCGUGGAAUUAUUCUGGGAAUGUUUUUCGCGACAAUGUCAUCUUUGCGCUUAUCAUAUAUAGACACACACCGCUCAAAUCUUUGUCUUUGUUAAUUGUCUCUUCUUCAACCAUGAGUGACAGCCAACAUAAAAGAACACAUAGCUCGUCUUCCGAAUUCGAUCCCUUCGAGGACCCAGAAGACUACUACAGCAACAAGAAUGUCUCCAUGAAUAGAGCCCGAACCUUCUCGGUGUUCGAAUCCAGCUCUACCAAGUUUUCACCUUACAGCGAUGACCCGAUUUCCGAACGGUCCCAUGAAAACACCCCAACUCCCAGCGACUCGCUUUCAUCGACCCCGGCCCCCGAAGUCUCCGACAAAAACGUCCCUGUCCCCAUGUUGCAAAGUGACUCGUCUGGGUCAUCAAGGUCCGAAGAGUCAUCUAAUUUUGCCAAAAGACCCUCCAUUGUCCCCGUUUACGACGAAAGCUUCUCCUCGACCUCGGAGUUGACCAAGACGGAGGAGGAAGUCAAAGAGGUCAAUGAACGUAUCAAGCAAUUGCACUUGAGAAGAAGUUCGUGGGAUGAUAAUAUGUACAGAAGACCCAAGAAGUUUUAUAUCCCUGAUGUUGACACCACCUUGACCCAACUUUUGAACAACGAAGACACCGAUCAUAACUGCCAAAUCACCAUCGAAGACACCGGGCCCAAGGUGUUGAAGCUCGGAACUGCCAAUUCCAAUGGGUACAAGCAGUUUGAUAUCAGAGGCACAUACAUGUUAUCCAACUUGCUUCAAGAGUUGACCAUUGCCAAGCGGCUUGGCAAGAAACACUUGGUGUUGGAUGAGCAGCGGUUGAGUGAAAACCCUGUGUUUCGGAUGAAGAGGUUGAUCUCCACCCAGUUCUGGAAGAACCUCACCCGGCAAAUGACCAAGAAUACCAUCAUGGAGAUGGCUAAAGACACCAAGAUCCCCGAGGAAUACAUCAACGAGAAGGGCGAGAAGGUGGCUGCCCGAGAAACCCACAGAAUAUAUGUGCCCCACAACCGAGCCGACCAGUUUGAAUACUUUAUGUCCAUCAAAAAAACCAAUACCGAUGCCAACCUCGACGUGCAAUAUCUUCCUGAAGUGAUAGAUGCCAAGUUCAUCCGGUCGAUCAAUAAGAAACCAGGUCUUUUGGCAUUGCAAUCACGUCCCGACCCCAACGACCCCAAUAAUCUCAUCAAUGAGCCAUAUGUGGUUCCAGGAGGAAGGUUUAAUGAGCUCUACGGAUGGGAUUCGUAUAUGGAAAGCUUGGGGUUGCUUGUGGAUGUCACCCCCACAAACACCACCAACUUGGAUCUUGCAAAGGGAAUGACCGAGAACUUCAUCUACGAAAUCAACCACUACGGUAAGGUCUUGAAUGCCAACCGAUCUUAUUAUUUGGGAAGAUCCCAGCCCCCGUUCUUGACAGAUAUGGCCCUCCGGGUGUUUAACAAGCUCAUGGAGGUCAGACCCGAAGCCACGGAAGAAUCGCUCAAGUUUUUGGAAAGAGCCGUCAAAGCGGCCAUAAUCGAGUAUAAAACCAUUUGGACCGCCAAACCCCGGUACGAUGACGCCACCGGGCUUUCGUGCUAUCAUCCUGAAGGCUUGGGAGUUCCACCCGAGACAGAGUCGCUGCACUUUGUUGAGGUGUUAAAACCUUAUACAGAAAAGUACAACGUAUCUCACGAAGAGUUCAUUGAGUUGUACAACUCGGAGAAGAUCAAGGAGCCUGCAUUGGACGAAUACUUCUUGCACGAUAGGGCCGUUCGUGAGAGUGGCCACGACACUUCCUACCGUCUUGAAGGGAAGUGUGCGUAUCUUGCAACCGUUGACUUGAACUCACUUUUAUACAAGUACGAGGUGGAUAUUGCCUUUAUGGUGGAGACCUACUUCCACAAUAGCUUACAAGUCAAUGGGGUGGUAGAGACAAAACUGCUGUGGUUGGAGCGUGCCACCAUUCGGAAACAGAACAUCACCAAGUACCUUUGGAACGAAAAAGACGGGAUCUUCUACGACUAUCACAUCAAGAACCACACACAGACCGGCUACGAGUCGGCCACCACCUUUUGGCCCUUGUGGUCCAAAGCGGCGUCUCCCGAGCAGGCAUCUCGGUUGGUGAAACAGUCACUUCAUAAGUUCGAAGAGUUUGGUGGGUUGGUUGCUGGUACCGAGGCAUCUCGAGGUGCGGUGAACUUGAGCAGACCAUCACGGCAAUGGGACUACCCAUACGGGUGGGCCCCACAGCAGAUAUUGGCAUGGAUUGGGUUGGCCAAUUAUGGAUUUGAUGGUGAUGCUCGUAGGCUCAUUUACAGAUGGCUUUAUUUGAUGACAAAGGCUUUUGCCGACUAUAACGGGGUGGUGGUGGAGAAGUACAACGUGGUCAAAGGGGCCACUCCACACAAAGUGGAUGCUGAGUAUGGCAACCAAGGUGCCGACUUUAAAGGUGUUGCUACUGAAGGGUUUGGCUGGGUCAACGCCAGUUAUAUGUUUGGUUUGACGUUUUUGAACGUCCAUGCAAUCCGGAAUAUAGGUGCACUUAUGCCUCCCGAUGUGUUCUUAGCGAAUAUGCACCCUGAUCAACGUCAGCUAUAUGAGUAGAACCUAUCUAGAGAAAUUACACAUACAUCACGUGA